AUGGGGAAAGUUGUGACCCAUCAUUUUGGCUCAAGGAGAGUGAACAUUGCAGAUGCUUCAACUCUCACAAAUGCAAUGGCAGAAAUCCUUCACUCCUACAAUUUAAACUGGGAUCAGGUCGUGUCUGUUUUGAUGGAUAACUGCAGCGUUAUGAGAGGGAAGCGAUCUGGAGUGGAGACCCAGAUCAGACAAAAAAAUGAAUACCUCCUUGACAUCAGUGGAGACACGGUGCAUAUGGUGUCAAAUGCUGCCAAGGCCCUUUUGAAUCCGUUCAAGAAUUUUGUGGAUGAUUUCUGCACAGAUGUCUACUAUGACAUUGAAAAGUUCCCCAAGCAGAAGGAAUUGUUUGCAGAGUUUCAAUCUCUAUUACACAUGAAGAGCAAGAGUCUGAUCCGCCCCAUCAGCAGCAGGUUCCUUCAGAUGCUGGAAGUGUGCAACAGGGUAAGGGAGCUAGUAGAUCCACUGAUUGCACACUAUUUCAGCUUCCUUUCUCCCCAUGAUCAGCGCAAAUACAGAUGGCUGCUCAACCAGGUUCUGCAAAGGCAUGGGGUGACAUCUGAUGAAAAGGCUAGGAUAGAUGUGCUACAUCAACAACUUGCAAAAUCAGCAAAGGGCUUAACUGACGCAAAUAGUGACCGGAAGACAAGAAUCCUUGUACUUUUUACGGAGUUCAAUAAGCUCACAGCCAUGAUCGACUUGUACAGAGGUAUACUCCCAUCCUUUCAGGUCUUUCUCAAGAGACUGCAACAUGAUAAGCCUAUGGUUCAUGUUCUGCAUGUUGAGAUGGUGCUGCUGGUGAGAGACAUCCUCUCCAAGUUCAUGAAGCCCGAUGCGAUCCCCUUGGAUGUGAAGGGCUUGUUGAAACUGGAUAUCCAGAACCAAGACCUACAGUAUCCAAACAAAUUGUUGUCGGUUGGUAAAUUCAGCCAUUUUGCAGUCAACAAGGCCAGGGUGGAGAAGAAACCUUGGGUGCAGGAGAUGUACACCUCCCUAAGAGAAGGCUACACCAAGGCAGCUGCAUUCUUGCAAAAAAAACUCCCUUUGAGCAACAUCAUAAUUUCCUCCUUGUCUGCACUAUCACCUUCAUUAAUCCAGGACCAACACAUACUUACUGCAUUUAGCACUUUAGCCAAGGCUCUGCCAAAUGUCAUCACCACUGAUGAACUGGGCCAGCUGGAUGAAGAGGUGAGGGCCUACCAGACUGACCUGGAUUUAGAGGAAAAGGGCAAAGGGUUUGAUGACAAUGCUGCACGUAUUGAUGCUGACUGGUGGAGUGAAAUCUUUUUAAUGAAGACACCAGAUGGCUCCAUCAGAUUUCCUAUCUUGGACAAAUUGGUGAGGGCACUGCUCUCUUUGUUUACUGGGCCUCUUGUUGAAGGUUCAUUCAACAUCAUGGAUGACAUCAUUGAGAAGGAUAGGGUCAGAUUAAACAUUGAGACCUAUGAAGGCUUUGCUGUCAUCAAAACACACUUGAAGGCAGCAGAACAAACAGCCUGUACCAUGAGGAUUAGUGCUGCUUUGAGAAGUUCAUGUCUCUCAUCAUUUGAGCGGUACAAAUGCCACCUUGAGAAGAAGAAAGAGAAAAUUAAUGCAGAGAAGGAUCGGAAAAUCAGAGAAGCUUUAAAGGUACUCUCAGCAGUGAAGGUGAAGAAGGUGAAAAAAGCCUCCACCACUUCAUCAGCAACCAAAUCUUCCCACCCUUCUACCUCCAUAACCAGAAAAGUUACCCCUGUAGGCCAUCUCCCACCUUCCACAUCUGGAAAAGAUGCUCCUACUGGCCAUCUCCCACCUUCCACAUCUGGAAAAGCUUCCCCUGCAGGCCAUCACCUACCUUCCACAUCCAGAAAAGCUUGCUCUGCAGGCCAUCUCCCACCUUCCACAUCUGGAAAAGAUGCUCCUACUGGCCAUCUCCCACCUUCCACAUCUGGAAAAGCUUCCCCUGCAGGCCAUCACCUACCUUCCACAUCCAGAAAAGCUUGCUCUGCAGGCCAUCUGCCACUUUCCACAUCCAGAAAAGAUGCUCCUACUGGCCAUCCCUAA